AUGGAUAAAAUAAACACUUUACCCUCAACACCUGGUAAACUCAAACCAGAAAAAUAUUACCCGCCUUACAAUAUCCAUCGCAUUAGAUUAUCAAAACUCACAGUAUACUCAUCAAUUUUCCUCGCUUUCAUCAUUUUCUUCUUCUUUCUCUCACCUCCUUCAUCUUCCCCUUCAUCGCUCCGUACUCUCAACCCAUGGGGCGGACCCGAUUGGGAAAAACGGGUCACCAAAUCCGCCCGUCGGAGCUCCGCUUCAUCUCUCACUGUUCUUGUCACCGGCGCUUCCGGUUUCGUCGGUACUCACGUCUCACUUGCUCUUAAACACCGCGGAGAUGGUGUCAUCGGUCUUGACAAUUUCAACCGCUAUUAUGACCCUAACCUCAAACGCGCUCGUCAGAAAGUACUCUCACGCGCCGGUGUUUUCGUCGUUGAAGGUGACAUCAACGAUGGUAAUCUACUCCGUAAACUCUUCGAUGUUGUUCCUUUCACGCACGUGAUGCAUCUUGCUGCUCAAGCUGGGGUUCGUUACGCUAUGCAAAACCCUAAUUCGUAUGUUCAUAGUAACGUUGCAGGUUUUGUUAGUCUUCUAGAAGCUUCUAAGUCUGCGAAUCCUCAACCUGCUAUUGUUUACGCUUCUUCCAGUUCGGUUUACGGGUUGAAUUCGAAGGUUCCGUUUUCGGAAAAGGAUCGGACUGAUCAACCGGCGAGUCUGUAUGCAGCUACGAAGAAAGCUGGUGAAGAAAUUGCGCAUGCUUAUAAUCAUAUCUAUGGUCUUUCCGUUACUGGUUUGCGUUUCUUCACUGUUUAUGGUCCUUGGGGUCGUCCUGAUAUGGCUUAUUUCUUUUUCACUAAGGAUAUUUUGAAAGGGAAACGGAUUACUGUGUUUGAAUCACCGGAUGGUGGAAGUGUUGCUAGAGAUUUUACCUACAUUGAUGAUAUUGUGAAGGGUUGUUUAGGGGCUUUGGAUACAGCUAAGAGAAGUACUGGUGUCGGUGGGAAGAAGAAGGGGAAUGCGCAGUAUAGGAUUUUUAAUUUGGGUAAUACUUCGCCGGUUCCGGUUACGGAGCUUGUUAAUAUAUUGGAGAAGCUUUUGAAUGUGAAGGUAAAGAGGAAGGUGAUGCCGAUGCCGAGAAAUGGUGAUGUUAAGUUUACUCAUGCUAAUAUAAGCAGGGCGCAAAAGGAGCUUGGUUACAUGCCUACUACUGAUUUGGAGGGUGGACUCAAGAAAUUUGUGAGGUGGUACCUUGACUUUUACUCUCCUUUAAAAAACAAAGGUGUUUGGUGA